CCCUGGACCAAAAAGCCUCCCCAGCACCUGCCCCCCGCCGGGACAGAGCCGCCGCCGUCUCCGCUGGAAACCCCAGAGGCAGAGCUCAAUUCCCCUAAAAUUAUAAAAGCAGGAAAACUCAAGGCAAAGAAAAGUAAUAAGGCUAGUGAUUUCAGCGACAUGGCAAAUUGGCCAACACCAAGUGAAUUAGUGAACAAUGGAAGUCAGAGUGUCAUUAGUCAAGGAAAUAAGAAACCACAAAGUAGAAAAGAAAAAGAAGAGAAGGUUGACAAGAGAAGCAACAAUGAAAGCAAAGAAAAUCGGGAAACAAAAUUAGAUGUCUCUGGUGAAAAUGUCAGUGAAGAUGAGGCACAGUCAACUAAUCAACGAAAGAGAGCUAAUAAGCACAAGUGGGUACCACUCCACUUAGAUGAUAUAAGACCAGAUUUUCAAGAACGACCAGGAUCCCGGAACAGCUCAAGAUGUCAACCUGAAGCAAAUAAAACAGCACACAACAAUAGACGAAAUGAUUCAAGAAGUUGGAGGCGAGAUAGAGAAAAGAGAGAUGAUGAAGAUGAAGUUUCCAGUGUGAGAAGUGAGGGGGGUAAUAUCCGAGGUACCGCUAGAGGAAGAGGACGAGGAAGAGGACGUGGAAGAGGACGAGGCAGAGGAAAUCCUCGCUUGAACUUUGAUUAUUCAUAUGGUUAUCGAGAACAUGGUGAAAGGACAGAGCAACCAUUUCAAACAGAACUUAACACCAGUAUGAUGUAUUACUAUGAUGAUGGCACAGGCGUGCAGGUAUAUCCUGUGGAAGAAGCAUUGCUUAAAGAGUAUAUUAAACGCCAAAUUGAGUAUUACUUCAGUAUAGAAAAUUUGGAGCGAGACUUCUUCCUUCGAAGAAAGAUGGAUGAAGAAGGCUUCUUACCCAUUUCCUUGAUUGCUGGUUUCCACCGAGUUCAGGCUCUCACUACAAACCUUAAUCUCAUUUUAGAGGCAUUGAAAGAUAGCACAGAAGUGGAAAUUGUGGACCAGAAAAUGAGAAAAAAGAUAGAACCAGAAAAAUGGCCAAUUCCUGGGCCUCCUCCACGGAGCGUGCCACAGACUGACUUCUCCCAACUGAUUGACUGCCCGGAAUUUGUGCCAGGCCAGGCCUUUGGCUCACAUACAGAGUCUGCCCCAAACUCACCGAGAAUUGGAAGUCCACUGGCUCCAAAGAAAAAUACUGAAACAAGUAACCUUCAAGCCAUGGCUAGAGGUUUGUCUACCAGUUUGCCUGACUUGGAUUCAGAGCCUUGGAUAGAAGUGAAAAAGAGACAUCGUCAUUCACCAGUGAAAUUAAAGGAAUCGACAGCUGUACCUGAUGAGGCAUUAAAUCCACUAUUACCUUCGGAAGAACAAGAACAAGAAGAACUUGAUUUUUUAUUUGAUGAAGAGAUGGAACAAAUAAAAAGUCGAAAAAACACAUUUACUGAUUGGUCUGAUGAUUCAGAUUAUGAAAUUGAUGACCAGGAUUUAAACAAGAUUUUGAUUGUAACUCAGACACCACCUUACAUGAGAAAACAUCCUGGAGGAGAUCGAACGGGCAAUCACAUGUCUCGGGCGAAGAUUACAUCUGAUCUUGCUAAAGUUAUCAAUGAUGGCUUAUAUUAUUAUGAACAGGAUUUAUGGAUGGAAGAGGAUGAAAACGCACACAUAACUACAAAGCAAGAAGUUGAGACCUUUAAGAAGCUAAAUAUCAUUAGUAAAGAGCAGUUUGAAAACCUAACACCUGAACUUCCUUUUGAGCCAAACCAAGACGUUCCUGUAGCACCAUCACAGUUCCAACAAGAUUUGUCUGAAGAAUUAGCUCAGAAGCUGUUAGAUAUUUCAGAAGUAUCUUCAAUAACAAUGGCCGGUUCAGACCCCACAGCAGUCCCAGAAUCACCUAGAAUUUGUCCUACAAGGGUCCCCAAAACACCUCGGACGCCCAGACUACACGAUCCUAACAAAACACCCAGAUUUUAUCCUGUUGUUAAAGAACCAAAAGCCAUUGAUGCAAAGAGUCCCAGAAAAAGAAAAACACGGCAUAGUACAAAUCCCCCUCUAGAAUGUCAUGUUGGUUGGGUAAUGGAUUCCAGAGAUCACGGGCCAAGAACAUCCUCUGUCAGUUCAAAUACUACUUCUCCUUCAGAAGGCACACCACUAGUAGGAAGUUAUGGGUGUACCCCUCAUUCAUUCCCAAAGUUCCAGCAUCCUUCUCAUGAACUUCUGAAAGAAAAUGGCUUUACCCAACAAGUGUACCACAAAUAUCGUCGAAGAUGCCUGAAUGAUAGGAAACGCUUGGGAAUUGGCCAGUCCCAAGAAAUGAAUACCCUCUUUCGUUUCUGGUCCUUUUUCCUCAGAGAUCACUUCAAUAAAAAAAUGUAUGAGGAAUUUAGACAACUUGCUUGGGAAGAUGCAAAAGAAAAUUACAGGUACGGGUUAGAAUGUCUGUUCAGGUUCUAUAGUUAUGGACUGGAAAAGAAAUUCAGACAAGAAAUUUUUAAGGAUUUCCAAGAAGAAACCAAAAAAGACUAUGAAUCAGGUCAGCUAUAUGGACUAGAAAAGUUUUGGGCUUAUCUAAAAUAUUCUCAAUCUAAGACACAAUCUAUUGACCCAAAACUUCAGGAAUACCUCUGUAGUUUUAAGAGGUUAGAAGACUUCCGUGUUGAUCCUCCUCUUAGUGAAGAAUUUGGAAGGAAAAGACAUUCAUCUACUUCUGGGGAGGAGAGUAGUCAACAUAGACUUUCACCUAAUUCCUCUACAAAGCCACCAAAUGCUGCUACACCUACAUCUGCCAGUCAGCUGCAGGUCCCAAUAAACUCUUCCAGAAGGAAUACUCCACAGGAGUCCAUUGACGACUUACACCAGAACAGCGCUGCCUUGGUUUCAACAAAUGGUGAAUUGCAUGAGAAAUAGACUCUAUGAAAAUUGUUUGCCCUUGAAAUCAACAUUUACAUCAAUAUUUAUUUGAGAAAAGUCUUUUGAGGCUUACUUGUGAGAAUCAGAAAAAAGAAAAAGGAAGAGAAGUAAUUUUUUUCCUAGCAAAACCUUUUCUCUGAUUUCACGAUCAAAGAUAGUUUUGGGGACCUUUAUAGAAAUCUUCCAUUCAUAUAUUUUGAUCUCAGUUUCUUUUUCAAAGCUAUUAUUUUUAAAAGCAGCAUUCUAUACAAAUAAUGCAAAAACGUGAGGAAUGCCUGACACUCCAGCUCAUACUUCUUAAAGAAGAUAUAGUAAGUUGUGUUCAUCUCGUCUUAGAGCUUUCGUAAAAAAAUCUAAAUUACCCCACUAUCAAUUCAUAUUUGAACUUAACCAGAUGUAAAGGAAGAUUACGUAUGUUUUCUUAAAUUUAGAAAAAGAAUAGGAAAUGAUAAGUUUACUUUUCUUUUAGACAUAUUGUUUAAAGGAAAAAUAAUUUUUUCCCCCGUAAAAGUAUAUAAAAAGAUUGCAGCUACAUUGAAGUAUUUACACUUUGAAUGCUGGGUGUGUGUGUGUGUGUGUGUGUGUGUGUGUGACACAUUUUCUGAAUAGGAAACGUUAACUUAUGAUUGAUUAUAAACUUGCACAAGUAAUUGGAAACUGGGUUGGGAUUGGUUGGGAUAUUGUCCUAAAUUAAUUAAAUCUUGCACUGUUUUAAAUGUAUGUGUUGUUUGUAUGUAGGUGGGUAUGUCACAAGCUGCCAGCUCAUCUUCAAUCUGAAAGAAGUACUUAAUUUUUCCUUUAAAUUUGUUUUAUGCUCAUAAAGUGUUUUCAAGAGUUAGCAAAUUUAUUCUGAUUUUUAUUGCUAUUGCAAUUAAUAUAAAUGAUAGUUUCAGUUUUGUGGGAAUUAAAAAAAAUAAAGUGCUUAUUUCUAAAUUA